AUGUCUGUAUUUCUUCCAAGUUUGAAGUUUAGGGCUAACCCCAGACUCGUGGGCUCACUGGUAGGUGGCGCCAUUACACUGGCCUUUAUCAACGACCAGAGUAACCGCCAGAGCGGUAAUAAUGGUGGGAAUAACAGCAGACUCUCUAAGGCUGGUCUGUUUGGAUUUGGUGCUGCCAAUGCCAGGAUAGCUGGCAAACCAGAGAAGUCUCAGGAGGACUACCAGAAGGUGUACAACCAGAUUGCAGGCCUUCUGCAGGAAAAGGACGAAUACGACGAUGGAUCUUACGGGCCUGUGCUGGUGAGAUUGGCAUGGCAUGCCUCUGGAACGUAUGACAAGAGCGACAAGUCUGAGACCAAGGGAGGAUCGUACGGUGGAACCAUGAGAUUCGCCAAGGAGGCUGGUGAUGAAGCCAAUAACGGGUUGAUAAAUGCCCGUGAAUUUUUGAAAGAUGUCCAGGCCAAGAACCCAUGGAUAUCGCACGGUGAUCUGUGGACGUUGGGAGGAGUUGUGGCCAUCCAGGAGAUGAACGGGCCCAAAAUCAAGUGGAGACCAGGAAGACAGGAUCUGGCUGCCGCCACGACUCCACCAGCAGGCCGUCUUCCAGACGCUUCUCGUGAUGCUCCUUAUGUCCGUGGACUGUUCAACAGAAUGGGAUUCGAGGAUGAGGAAAUUGUGGCGCUGAUUGGAGCGCAUUGUCUUGGAAGGUGCCACACGCAAAACUCGGGCUACGAAGGACCAUGGACGUUCUCGCCUACCCAAUUCACCAACGAGUUUUUCAGAUUACUGGUCGAGGAAAAAUGGCAUAUUCGCAAGUGGGACGGACCAACUCAGUACGAAGACGAUGCCACCAACUCGUUGAUGAUGUUGCCUGCUGAUAUGGCUCUGAUUGAGGACGCAAGAUUCAAGAAGUAUGUGGUUCGUUUUGCCAAAGACCAAGACGACUUUUUCAAGGUGUUUUCAUCCACAUUUCAGCGUUUACUUGAGCUGGGUGUAGACUUUCCAGCCGGGUCUCCUGAGUACACCUUCAAGACUCUUGACGAGCAAGAGUAA